AAACACGGAAUACAUUCGCCUUCCACUAUAUAUUUAUAUAAUAAUAAAAAAAUAAUUUAAGAUUUGCUCCCCAAAUUCCAUUCCCUUACAUCAAUUCCAUUAUAAUCAUACGUUUUAUAAAUUCUCUUCCGACAUAAAUUAAUUCUUUUUCCACCGAUCGAUCACCGGCCGUUGGAUCAAUCGGCCGUUUACUUAUACAUAUCAGUAUAAUAAAAAUUCAAAAUCAUGAAUCAAGAGUAUGACUACUUGUUUAAGCUUUUGCUGAUCGGAGACUCAGGAGUCGGAAAAUCUUGUUUGCUGCUUAGAUUUGCUGAUGACUCGUAUCUUGACAGCUACAUCAGUACAAUUGGCGUGGACUUUAAAAUUCGCACUGUGGAGCAGGACGGAAAAACCAUUAAGCUUCAAAUUUGGGACACAGCUGGGCAAGAAAGGUUCAGGACAAUUACUAGUAGCUACUACCGUGGGGCACAUGGCAUUAUAAUAGUUUAUGAUGUCACCGACCUAGAAAGUUUCAACAAUGUUAAGCAAUGGUUGAGCGAAAUUGAUCGCUAUGCAAGUGAAAAUGUGAAUAAACUUCUUGUUGGAAACAAAUGUGACCUUACAGAAAGCAGAGCCGUAUCGUAUGAUACUGCCAAGGAAUUUGCCGAUAGUAUUGGCAUUCCAUUUAUGGAAACUAGUGCAAAAGAUGCUACAAAUGUUGAACAGGCUUUCAUGGCCAUGUCUGCUGAUAUUAAAAACAGGAUGGCAAGUCAGCCUGGUUCAAACAACAUGAGGCCACCUUCUGUGCAGCUCAAGGGCCAACCUGUUGGGGAGAAGGGUGGUUGCUGCUCAACUUAGAAAAUGCCAUUUCUGCAACUUUUGAUUAUAAAACUCACCUUUUCUCCAAUUUGCGUUUAAAGUUUUUGCAUUUUGUUUUUCCAAUCAUUUACUUGUAAGCUAUAGUUGCUAUUCUUUUAAGAUUCUGGUUCUUAAAUUGGUUGUACAAAUUACAAGACUUGUUUACUGCUA